ACCCCACCUUGUUGCACUCUCAUGUAUGCGUGCGAAGUUGAUGGUAGUCCCCUUUGCAAGAGAGAGACUCGAAAAUGUCCAUGAAUAUUGGCAUGGCAAGGGGGUCCCGAGCUGUGAGAAAAGACCCAGCCUGUGGAACUUGCCGAAAGAAGUGCCGCAAGUGCGAUCGUACUCGUCCCAUCUGCAACAGAUGCAAGUUGAAGGGUCUCCUUUGCGAGGGUUAUCCUCCACGUUUUCAAUUUUGCGACUCAACGUCCGCGGAUGCAGCCAUUGGAGCAAGGGCACAAGAAUCCGAGGGCCGUUCGUUGCCAUCAACACGCGAACCUGUUCACAUUUCAAAUCAGAAGUCACCAGCAUCGGCCCAAGAUCUAGCAUCGUCUGAUUCCCCAAGCCAUGAACGUCUUUCGCCACAAACUCUGUUGCGUGAUCCAUCUUUGACUUCCCCUCAGGAGCCCUUGAUCGAUGUUCCAUCACCAGCAACAAUUACUAGCUACCCUGUCGACGAGGUGCUUCUUACAAACGACAGUCAACGACUGCUCAUCUACUUCGACUUGGACUUGAGUCCUCAUCUGACGAUCGCAGUCGAUGGCAUGGAAAAUCCUUUCCGAGUACAUGUAUUGCCGCUGGCCUAUCAACACACGGGCGUACUCCAUGCUGUUCUCGGACUGUCCGCGUGCCACUUGCACCUGUCGUCGUCAGGCGCUGCUCGGGUUGAGAUGGCGACUGCCUUACAGCAUCGAGUUGCUGCGUUAAAUGUCCUUGCUAUACUUCUGGGCAAGGAAGAAGUUCAUGGACUGACCGCUGCCGAAGACGAGGCGGUGCUUGCUAUCGUUUUGCUGUUAGUCCUUCACGACAUUUGCGAACUGGGGAUAUCCUCUCACGCCAUCCAUCUUACUGGAGUUUCGUUUCUCUGCGGAAGAGUUGCUUCGUCCUCCGCGGCGUCGAAGCGGUCUAGAGCAACUAUGUUCUUUCUUUCGGCCCUUUCCUGGCUGGAUGUAGUAAGAGGUUUCAGCGGUGCUGAAAAGCUUACCUACUCAGAGGAUGUUCGAAGAUGUAUUUUGGACACCAUGAGCCCACACGCUGGGUUACAUAUCUUGGUCGGCUGUCCGCCAGCCAUCUUCUACCGCAUUGGACUUGUCAUCGCAGCAGCAAAGCGUCAUUUGGAGGGAAGCUUGGCUGUCGCCGAGUUCCAAACCAUUUUGGAAAACGCAGAAGCCUUUCUACGUGGGAUCGAUUUGGAAGCAAUUGAGUACCCAACCCAGCACCCCGAAUGGAAGCAGCUCGCAGAAGCAUAUCGACAUGCUUGUCUUCUGAGGACUAUGCGUUGGCCAGACACAUUCUCCAUACCUUGCGAAGACGGGAGAAUCAGAGAAUCGGUUACAGCCAUAUUUGACUGCUGUGCUAAUGUGCCAAUGGGCUCGUCGUUCUACAAGCGGUUACUAUUUCCACUGUUCCUCGCUGCAUCCGACACGUCGAUAAGCUAUGAAACACAUUACGCCAGCCUAUGCAUUGACGAGAUACGACGGUCCACAGGGUUCCGACAUGCAGCAAUGAUGGAGGUUCUUGAAGGUGUAUGGGAAGAGAGAAAACGGAAGACUCGAGGGUGGACGAACGUUCCUUGGAUGGAAUUCACCUGCUCCGAGAGUAUGAAACAACAACAUGCAUAUCUGUUCUUCUGAUUGAAAUGCUUGUAACGGCUACAUAGUGAUCGAAUCUGUUUCUUAAAGCGUUGACAGUCUUGGAGCCGACAGCCUCUCUAGAAGUUGGCAGUUUCCGAAAUGUCCCCCGG